AUGUCUGACCUAUCACAUUGGCCCUUCGUGGUCAAGAGGCAAGAUCUCAAGAUGCUGCCAAGGUCGGAACGUUCCGAUCGGAACGAGGAUGUCAACCCAAGCGCUCGGGACUCCGCAAGGAAGUUGAAGCCUCCUGCAUGCGGUUUCCCUUGUCCGUCCACAAUCCUGCCAUACAACAUGGCGAAAUUUGCGCUCGAGGACUUUGACAAACACAUCGAGAACCUACGCGCGCAACUCCUGUUUCUCAAUGAGACGCUCGAUGCGACGGAUCACAAUGCCCCCGACUGGCUAGCUACGGACUUGAUCUCGCUGCGAAACAAGUCGGGAAGAUUGCAGGACGACAUGAAGAGAUUUAGAGACCAGCUCGAGGACGAAGGUCUGGCGGAAAAGAAGAAGGUCAAGACUUCAAACAAACGUCUUAGUAUCGAGGGCGCGAAACAUGCCUCUACUACACCAACUGGGCAACCCCCGAACUCCAACCCGCAUGCUAUAUCUCCUCUCGUGGAUCAAUCGCCCACACCACGCGCAAAACGAGCCAGAAUCGAAGACGACUACGUUGUUCAACAUGUUGAUGUCACCGAGGAAGUGAAUAGGCGGUUACAAGAGAGCCGUUUGCGGCGCCUGAUGCAAACGCCGAGCACAGCGCAGAAGCGGAAAUUCGAUGCAUACGAGGAUGGACCCAGGUCAGAUGGGCCGGCUGGGACAGAUGAAGAAGGGCAAAGAGGUGGACAAAGUGGGAGCGAGUACGAGAGAACCCCAACGAAGCGGCUGAGGAGUAGUGGAACCUUUGAGCAUCUAGGAAAUAGGACAGAGGACAGGCCAGGGAGGCAGAGUCCACGCUUUGAAGACAGAGUUGACGUGAAGAGGAGGAAGUUCCAACGAUAA